AUUGUAAACUGUUGUAGUGGCUUCCAGUGGCACAAUGGGAUUGUCUCGCUGUCACCUGAUACAAGUCUGAAGUCGCCGGUUCCUCUUACCUGUGACACGAGAAUACGUAUUCAAAAUCAGUGUCCAAAAUGGUGAUCGCCAUUGGAUUUGAGGGCAGUGCCAACAAGAUCGGAAUUGGCAUCAUCAAAGAUGGCGAGGUAUUAUCUAACCCACGCCACACUUACAUCACACCUCCAGGACAAGGAUUCCUUCCAAGAGAUACUGCCAUACAUCACCGUAAACAUGUACUGGAUGUACUACGACAAGCCCUGAGUGAGGCCAACCUUGAACCCAAAGAUCUAGAUGUUAUAUGUUACACAAAAGGCCCAGGAAUGGCUGCUCCUCUGGUAUCUGUUGCAGUAGUAGCCAGAACAGUUGCUCAGUUGUGGAGGAAACCUAUCAUAGGAGUCAACCAUUGUAUAGGACAUAUAGAGAUGGGACGCCUCAUCACAGGAGCAAACAACCCUGCUGUAUUGUAUGUCAGUGGAGGUAACACACAGGUGAUAGCCUAUUCCCAACAACGGUACAGAAUCUUUGGCGAGACCAUAGACAUUGCUGUUGGCAACUGUCUGGACAGAUUUGCUCGGGUUUUAAAGUUGUCCAAUGAUCCUAGUCCAGGAUACAAUAUAGAACAGCUGGCAAAAGGUGGUCAGAAAUUUCUAGAAUUGCCCUACACUGUCAAGGGCAUGGACGUGUCCUUCUCUGGACUUUUAUCAUUUAUAGAAGAGCGAGCUGUAGGCCUUGUAGAGAGUGGGCAGUAUACACCCGAAGACCUCUGCUUCUCCUUACAAGAAACUGUGUUUGCCAUGCUAAUCGAGAUCACAGAACGAGCCAUGGCACACUGCGGAUCACAGGAAGUCCUCAUUGUAGGUGGCGUUGGUUGUAAUCUUCGUCUACAGGAAAUGAUGGGCAAGAUGGCAGAGGAAAGAGGAGCAACACUAUUUGCCACAGAUAUGAGGUUUUGUAUAGACAAUGGUGCUAUGAUUGCACAGGCUGGCUGGGAGAUGUUCAGGGCAGGAAUUAUCACACCACUGGAGGAGACAUUCUGUACACAGAGGUUCAGGACCGAUGAAGUAAAAGUAACAUGGAGAAAGUGACUGUCGAUAUCACUGAUCAUGGCAUGAAGAAGUGACAGUCUGUAUUGAAUUUUUGACAAACAAAUGAAGCAAGUGACCUUCAAGCUAUUGAUCAGAACCUCAUAAUGGACAGUGUCAAAUUUAUCUACAGUUAUAAUGACUUGACAUGGAGGAGCUAUCACAACUGUCCCUAACAGAUGUCACAUGUGGAUAGUUUAUAGCUUCCUGUUGAUCUAAUACAAGAGAUCUAUGUUCUCCUAAUGAUUUUUCACAAUAAUUCUUAUAGGGUGAUUCUGUUUAUGAGUAUGGGAGUUAUGUCCCUUCUAUUGGUUUUCCGUCUAUAAAUAUGGUCAGGCACACAGCGAGGCCCAUGAUGUCCAUCCACAUUCAAGGUUAGCACCGGUUUCAUUCAUUGGUGUGAUCCCUUGGACCAGAGUUGUUCAUUUAUGAAAUAAGGAAGGACCUCAAGGUUAUUUUUUGUCAUUUUCAGAUGAACAUUGACAAAGAAUUUCAAGGCCAGUGCUGGUCGGUCAAGUUUUAUGCCUGAUAUAUUACGUUUGAAGACAGAUGUACUAGUGUGUGAGGAUAAACACAUAGGCCCCAGGUCUAGUAAUCUUACAGUGUAACCAUUAGGUGGUAAAUCUUUGCUUUGAUAGCAAAGGUAUGUGUUUGUUUCAUUGAAUCAAUUAAUUAUAGCAAUCUAUACGAUUAAGUUUUCUUUAUAUGUAAUAAAGAUAAUAAAGUGUGACAGAUAUGCAGUCUCUAUUCCACUUAA